GAUAAGAAAAAGAAUAAAUGCUCUCCUAAGGACAGAGCUGAGUCUCUGAUUGCCUAGAGGCUGACUUCCCUGGAAAUCAUGGCGUUUGAUGGCACUUGGAAGGUAGACCGGAACGAGAACUAUGACAAGUUCAUGGAGAAGAUGGGUAUCAAUGUGAUAAAAAGGAAGCUUGCAUCUCAUGACAAUCUGAAACUGAUAAUUACACAAGAAGGAAAUAAAUUCACGGUCAAAGAAUCAAGCGCCUUACGAAGUACUGAGAUUGUUUUUGAGCUUGGUGUCACGUUUACUUACAGCCUAGCAGACGGAACUGAACUCAGUGGGACCUGGAGCCUACAGGAAAAUCGACUCAUUGGAAAUUUCAAACGGGUAGACAAUGGAAAAGAACUGAAUGCUGUCCGGGAAAUUAUCGGUGGUGAACUGGUCCAGACUUACGUGUAUGAAGGAGUAGAAGCCAAGAGGAUUUUCAAGAAGGAGUGAGUGCUGUCUCGGCGCCCAGCCCAGAACGCAGACCGGACAGCAAGUCUGAAUCGCCCCAGCGCCCUGUUUUGCCCUCGUCCAGUAUUAAGUUACUGGCUGAUCACACCUUUUAUAACAUGGACCACUGGCAUAUAUUUCCAGUCUUGCCAAAGCAAAAGAAGUAAAAGCUAAUUAGGAUUUAACCUAGUUUAUAUUCUCUAAAAUGCACAUUUAUUGGUGUUCUAAAAGAAUCUGUCACAUUCUUCAAAACAGAUGAAUAAACAUUUUCCCUACAUUGUUU